UUCGCUGUCAUCCUGGGAGGGCUCGCGGCCGCUUCGGCUCCUCUCUGCCCUCCGACUUCAUGUGGGCCCGAGUCGGGCUCUGCCUUCUGAUGAAUCCACUCCUUCCUAGAAGGCGGCUUCACAGAGGAUCCAAUGGCCCCGAUGUUCCCAACAGCUGGAACCCAGCAGGUAACCAGGCUGAAACAUUUCUGUCAUCUCCCGUGUGGGCAGUCAGCUACAAAGGAAUCAGUGACAUUCAGAGAUGUGGCUGUGGACAUCACCCAGGAGGAAUGGGGAUACCUUGACCCUUCGCAGAAGCAGUUGUACAAGGAUGUGAUGCUGGAGAAUUAUAGGACCCUGGCUUGCCUGGGACUUGUAUUUUCUAAACCCUAUUUGAUCUGCCAGUUGGAGCAAGGGGGAGCACCUUGGAUGCCGGAGAGAGCGGUCCCAAGAAGCAGCCAUGCAGAGUGGGAGUUUCCGUGUGAAUCCAGAGAAGCAUCUCAAGAAGUGCGAGGAUUGCCGCAGGAAAAACUUAGGAGAGAUUUGGACAAAGCAUUGGCAUGUGAUUCCAGAAUAGUGAGGCAGCAGAACCAAGAGGAACAGCACUGGCAAGCAGCAUUCCCACAGAUGAAGCCUCCGAAUCAAUCAAGAGGCCUUGAAUAUACUACAGACUGUGGAAAGAGUGUCCUUCAAGGACCAAUUUUUUUCUCACAGCAAAGAGAUGAAAAGAGUCUCGGUAUGUAUGAAGCUCAUAGAAAGUGCUUCAGACCGUAUAUAAAUCUGAGAAAAUGUAAUAGACUGUGCUCAAAGAAAAUUCUUUCUAAAUGUAGUGAAUAUGGGAAAUCCUACUGGCAUAAUUCAGCCCAUGUGGGAAAUUGUAGGAUAUGUACCAGAGAGACUUGUGAAUGUAAUGAAUGUGGGAAUGCCUUUGAGCAGAAUACAGCACUGACUGAAAAAGAGAUCGUUAAUACCAGAGAGAAUCCUUAUAAAUGUAAUGAAUGCAGGAAGGUCUUUGUUCUGACAACACAGCUUACUCUUCAUCAGAGAAUUCAUGCUAGGGAGAAAUCUUAUAAACAUAAUGACUAUGGGAGUACCUUCAGCCUAGGGACACAGAUUCCUCGACAUCAGAGAGUUCAUACAGGAGAGAAACGUUAUAAAUGUAAUGAAUGUGGGAAGGCCUUUCGACUAAAAGCCCAGCUUAAUCAACAUCAGACAAUUCAUACUGGUGAAAAACCAUAUCAGUGUAGUGAAUGCGGGAAGGCCUUCCGACUAAAAGGGCAGCUUAAGCAACAUCAGACAAUUCAUACUGGUGAGAAGCCUUAUAAAUGUAAUGAAUGUGGAAAGUCCUUUCGAAGGAGCUCACACCUUACUGGACAUCAGAGAAUUCACACUGGAGAGAAACCUUAUGAAUGUAAAGAAUGCGGAAGGGCCUUCUGCCUGAACACAGCUCUUACUAAACAUCAGAGAAUCCAUACUGAUGGGAAACCUUAUGAAUGUAAUGAAUGUGGCAAGGCCUUCCUCCUGAGCAAAAGUCUUGCUGAGCAUCAAACCAUUCAUACUGGAGAGAAACCUUAUCAGUGUAAUGAAUGUGGGAAAGCCUUCCGCCAAAGCAAAGCACUUACUGUACAUCAGAUAAUUCAUACUGGUGAGAAACCUUUUGAAUGUAUUGAAUGUGGGAAGGCCUUCCGACUAAAAGCACAGCUUACUCAACAUCAUAGAAUUCAUAGUGGAGAGAAACCUUAUGAGUGCACUGAGUGUGGGAAGGCCUUUCGCUUGAACUCAAUUCUUAUUGAACAUCAAAGAAUUCAUACUGGAGAGAAACCUUAUGAAUGUGGUGAAUGUGGGAAGACCUUCCGCCUGAAUUCAGCUCUUACUGAACAUCAAAGAAUUCAUACUGGUUGGAAACCUUAUGAAUGUAGAGAAUGUGGGAAGGCCUUCCGAAUUAAAGCACAACUUAAUCAACAUCAGAGAAUUCAUACUGGAGAGAAACCUUAUGAGUGUAAGGAAUGUGGAAAGGCCUUCAGUCACACCCGAGAACUUAAAAGACACAAAAGAAUUCAUACAGGAGAGAAACCUUAUGAGUGUGUUGACUGUGGAAAGGCCUUCCGCCUGAGAUCACAUCUUACAAAUCAUAAUCGAAUUCAUACAGGUGAAAAGCCUUAUGGAUGUAAUGACUGUUGUAAGGCCUUCAGUCGCAGGGCAGAACUUGAGCAGCAUCAGAGAAUCCAUACUGGCGAGAAACCUUAUGAAUGUCAGAAUUGUGGCAAGACCUUUAGUCGAAGAUCAGAUCUUAAAAGACAUCAGAGAAUUCAUGUUGGGGAGAAACAUGAUGAAUGAAACACUUGUUUCUUUUUCUACCUGUUUGAUUACUUCUCACUCUCCUUUGGUGGAUCGUCUUUCAUGUCAUGCCCACUAACUGGGCAAAUCCAUGUUCUGUCCUAAGCCCUCUUCUUUGCCAAGUGCUUUCACUUAGUGAUCUCUUUAGCUCCCAUUAGUUAAUUUAUUAUGUUUAUAGAUGAUUCCAACAUCUGUAUAUCUAGCCCCAGUCUCUCAUCUGAGUUCAAUCUCCCAUCAUUACCUCCUUGUUCACUAUGAACUGAAAAUCCCAUAGGCAUCUCAAACUCCACAUUUCCAAAACAGAACUCAUUAGCUUUUCCCAAAAACCUACUUCUAUUCCAAAUUAGCUCUCAAGAGUAUUACCUUCCUCCCAUUUACUGAACUUCACAAACUCAGUCUCAUUCUCAGUUCUCUACUCUCACCCUACAUCUAGUCAGUUGCCAAAUCAUGCUCUCUCACCCAUCCCCUCCUCUUUACUCAACCUAGUUCAGUGUCGUAUCACCUCUUGCCUGGUUAAUUGCUAUAGACACCUAUCCAGUCUUCCUACCUCAGAUGACACCCCACUCUACUCUAUCCUAUCCUCCACAUAGCUGCCAAAGUGAUUUUCCUAAGGCACAGGUCUAACCAUGUCAUGUUCCUACUUGGGAUACUCCAGUGACUCAACGUUCCCUCUAUAAUUAAAUAUAAACUCCUGUUUGGCAUUUAUAACUUCACAACAUGACCCCUUCUUGCUUUUCCAUGCUACUUUUACAUGGCCACUCUUCGUCCUCUCUAUAACCCAGCCAUAGUCGUUAAACGUGUGCGAUAUUGCUCACACACAAAAUACCACCUCCCACAUCUGUACCUUUGCACAGGCUGUCCCCCCAACCUCACACCAUACUGGAUGGGGAUACUUUCCUCACUAUGCUUCCUAGCAUCAUUGUUUCCUUCACAAUUCAGCUUUGAUCCCACUUUCCAUUGGAGGUCUUUUCUGGUUCUUCCAGUUUUCAGUGCCUCCACCUCCAAAUUUUCCUUGUAUGUGGUUUGUAUGUGUCUCAUAUAUUAAUUGCUAGCAUUUAUGUUGCACUUACUAUAUUCCAGGCACUGUGCU